CCACGACCACGACCAUGACCUACUUGCCUACCUGACCUACUUGCACUGUAUUGACUGUACCUACACCUACACCUACGUGCACAUGUACCUCGCUGCCCAUUCAACCAGCUGUAGCAGCGAGAGAGCAGCUCAUAUCAUGCCACGCAUGUAGGAGGUCGUGCAACGAGCAACACCCACGCCCUCCUCCACCAGAUCAGAUGAAAUCAUCCUCGAACCUCCUCGGUGAGACGGCACAGCGAACCUCUUCCACCAAACGGAAGCGAUCUACAGUAGCUGGAGCAGACGACCCAGCGAAGCAGCAACAGCAGCAACAGCAGCAGCACUCCAUCAGCUCGCUCUUCUCCUCCCAUCAGAAACCGCAGUCCACCGUAGGACCAGACGGACGAGAGGCAGCAGCAGGUGAUCUUCACAGCAAACGCCAGAAAGCCGAUCCGUCACCGCACACGCCGCCGACUUCCACCAUCACCACCACCACCACAUCACGUACCGCCGCCGACAUGUACUCGUUCAGCUCGAGGUCCCCCCAGACUCCCCGCAACGGCAUUGUCGAUCUCACCAUUGCCUCUUCACCCGUCUCCCCGCAAGCGCGGCGUGCGAGCAUCAAGUCGAGCAUGAACCCGCAGACUGGCGCAAAGAAGCUCGUUGUUAAGAACCUCAAGACCAGUACCACCUGGGACAGCAAAGCUUAUUUGGAGAAGAUCUGGGGCCAAGUGGACGAAGCUCUUGCUCUCAUCUUCAAGGAUAACCACGAUGGCUACAGCAAAGAGAACUUGUACAGAGGCGUCGAGAACGUGUGCAGGCAGGGAGGAGCAUCGGCGCUAUUCUCACGGCUGGACAAGCGAUGUACACUCCACAUCCAGCAGGAGGUCCGCGAUAGAUUACUAGAGAAGGCGAGCGAGGACAAUGUUUCGGUACUGAAAUCCGUAUUGACGGAAUGGACUCGCUGGACUGAGCAAAUGACGACCAUUCGCGCCAUUUUCUUCUUCUUGGAUCGUUCAUAUCUGCUCUCGUCGAGCAAGCCCACGUUAGAGUCCUACACCUCCCAGCUCUUCCGACAAACAGUGUUCAGGAGUGAGAGGCUGAAGGACAAGAUCAUCGACGGCGCCUGCGACCUUGUCAUGGCAGAUCGAACGCGAGCACAGGAGCUAGAUCAGGACUUGUUCAGGAGAGCUGUCGACAUGUGUCAUGCCCUACAGACUUACACCACUUCUUUCGAGCCGAGAUUUUUGGCUGCCAGUCAGCGAUAUGUCGAUGAGUGGUCAAACACCAUGAUUGCAGAAAAGAGCAUACCCGAGUAUGUGAAGCUGGCUGAUGCACUCAUUUCUCAAGAACUGAGAAGAUGUGAAGAGUUUGACCUCGACAGCAGUACUAGGAGAGAUUUGUUGAGUCUGCUGGAAGAUCACCUUGUACAGACGAAAGAGUCCGACCUGGUGGAUUACGAGGCGCUUGCAUCUUUGUUGGACAGGAAUGCUACCUCAGAAUUGGCAGCUCUGUAUGCUCUCCUAGCAAGAAGACGACUUGGGCACGAACUACGCCCCUCAUUUGCGAAAUGGGUCGAUCAGGCUGGGACAAGCAUUGUGUUCGGAAAGGAGGACGACAUGGUAGUGAGCUUGCUGUCACUGAAGCGAAGUCUCGAUCAGAUAUGGAAGACGGCUUUCCAACGGGAUGAGGGUCUGGGCCACGGCUUGCGAGAAAGCUUCGAUGUCUUUAUGAACAAGACGAAGAAGGGCGAUGCGACGUGGGGAACAGACAACACCAAGGUGGGCGAGAUGAUUGCAAAGUAUGUCGAUCAGCUAUUACGUGGUGGUGCCAAAGCGAUCCCUGAGGUGCUCACAGCACGACGGUCCUCGAGUAUUACAGCACUCGUGCCUACAGUCAGUGCUGGAGCUGGAGCAGAAGAGGAUCACGAUGAAAUGGAAGUGGAUGAGGAUGCUGAGAUCAACAUUCAGCUUGACCAAGUGCUCGACCUCUUUCGUUUCGUGCACGGUAAAGCGGUCUUCGAGGCUUUUUACAAGAAGGAUCUUGCUCGAAGAUUGCUCAUGGGACGAAGUGCUUCAGCAGAUGCCGAGCGUAGUAUGCUCGCGCGGCUCAAGACGGAAUGUGGUAGUGGCUUUACGCAGAAUCUGGAACAAAUGUUCAAGGAUGUUGAGCUCGGUCGGGAAGAGAUGCAAUCGUACAAGCAGCGUCUCGAGGAUCGCAUCGGAUACGAGAAGGGAAAGAAUGUUGAUCUGAGUGUGAACAUUCUGUCCGCUGCAGCGUGGCCUACUUACAAGGACAUUCCUGUCCGCGUACCGGCGAACAUCGCCAAAGCCAUUGACGACUUUGAACUGCACUACAAGAGCAAGCAUACUGGUAGAAAACUGGACUGGAAGCACGCUCUCGCACAUUGCCAGAUGAAGGCUUCGUUUGGUAAAGCAAGUAAGGAGUUGGUCGUCUCGAGCUUCCAGGCUGUCGUGCUUCUUCUCUUCAACGGGCGUGGAGACGACGAGAAGCUCAGCUACUCACACAUCUUGACCGAGACGGGUCUUCCCGAAGUCGAAGUCAAACGUACACUACAAUCUCUCGCCUGCGCCAAGCUUCGGCCUCUGACCAAACAUCCCAAAGGCAAAGACAUCAACGACACCGACACCUUCUCCAUCAACACCAGCUUUGAACACCCCAAGUACCGCGUCAAGAUCAAUCAAGUGCAGCUGAAAGAGACCAAACAGGAGAACAAGGAGACACACGAACGUGUAGCCGAAGAUCGCAACUUCGAAUGCCAAGCUGCGGUAGUGAGGAUCAUGAAAAGUCGCAAGACCAUCAGUCAUCAAGAAUUGGUGUCUGAAGUCAUCAAGGCCACCAUGAGCAGAGGUGUGCUGGCUGUGGCGGACAUCAAGAAGAACAUCGAUCGGCUGAUUGAGAAGGAUUAUAUGGAGAGAGAGGAUGGGAACAUGUACUCCUAUGUAGCAUAGUAGUCUCCCUGCAUGGACCUCGCCCAUGGAUACCUGAUGCUGAUGAGACUUGUACAUGAAGGGUUUCCAGAACCUCAACCAUGCAACAUACGGUUACAUCUGGCUUCCCACACUGGGCCACACACACGCUCACACGAAGUGUCGUGUCUUGAGGUGUUUCAAUCUCCCUAUAUAGUGCUCAACGUGGGAUGAUGAUGGAAAGGCCCAAACCAAGUAUUUUGCCAUAGUUCUACCAGUCUUGGGAGCCGUGGGCGUGGGGGGUCUGAGACUCUCGUAGUACAAAUAUAGGCAAACACCAGGACUACAAGACAGGGAAGGUGACAUAAUUAUCGACAGUCACAAUGUUACAUUGAUUGAUUGGUUGGUUGGGUGAGUUUGUCUACGUAUGAUGUGAAGACUAAGGUAGAUGUUCACACUCUUCUGCAAGGC